GCCACAGCUCCCCUGAGGAACAAGCACAAUCAUGACCAUGGGCAGGAUCAUCUUCUACGAGGACAGGAACUUCCAGGGUCGUCACUAUGAGACCAGCAGCGACUGUCCUGAGCUGACCUCCUACCUGAGCAGGUGCCACUCCUGCAAGGUGGAGAGCGGCUGCUGCAUGGUCUACGACCGUCCCAACUACAUGGGAAACCAGCACCUUCUGAGGAAGGGAGAGUACGCUGACUACAUGAGCAUGAUGGGAAUGUCUGACUGCAUCAGGUCUUGCCGUAUGAUCCCCAAUCACAGAGGUCAGUACAGGAUGAGGAUCUAUGAGAGGGAGAACUUCGGCGGUCAGAUGAAGGAGCUGAACGACGACUGUGACAACAUCCAGGAGCGUCACCGCAUGUCCGAGUGUCAGUCCUGCAACGUGAUGGACGGCCACUGGCUGAUGUACGAGCAGCCCCACUUCAGAGGCAGGCAGAUGUACGUGAGGCCCGGAGAGUACAGGAGCUUCAGGGACAUGGGCUCCAGUGGCAUGAGGUUCCAGAGCAUGAGGCGUAUCACUGAUUCCUGCAACUAAACUUCCUCUAAAAUAAAAGUUUACUCCUCUUA